AUGUCGUACACGAGUGAUAUUCCAGAAGUUAGUCGCAUAAGUUUCGAAAAUGAGAUUCAAACUCUAACAGAAGUCCGACAUCGAAACAUCAUAAAGCUUUAUGGAUUUUGUUCAAGAAACAAUGGUUUAUACUUGGUGUAUAAGUAUGCAAACAAGGGUAGUCUUGCCAAAGUAUUAUACGAUUCAACAGAUCUUGAUUGGGAUUCAAGGGUGAAAAUAGUUCAAGGAUUGGCUCAUGCAAUCUCAUACUUACACCAUGAAUGUUCUCCACCAAUUAUUCAUCGUGACGUGUCCUUAAACAAUGUACUACUUGGCUCUGAUUUUGUUCCCAUAUUGUCAGAUUUUGGCAUUGCACGUUUGUUGAUCCCUAACUUGUCCAUUUGGACAACUGUGGCUGGAUCGUAUGGCUACAUGGCGCCAGAGCUAGCUUUAACCAUGCGUGUGACAGAGAAAUGUGAUGUCUACAGUUUUGGAGUAGUAGCUUUAGAAAUUAUGAUGGGAAAACACCCGGGAGAACUGUUGGAAUCUUUAUCAUCAGCUCGUUCGAAAACAUUAUUAUUAGAGAAUAUACUAUUGAAAGAUGUGUUAGAUCAACGGUUGUUACCUCCUAGUACUGGGCGAUUAUCAAUGGAUGUGGUGUUAAUAGUGAGCUUGGCAUUGUCAUGUACUAGAAGUAGACCAGAGUUACGUCCCACCAUGCAUUUGAUUUCACAAGAAUUGUCAACAAAGAGUGCUCGGGCUUCCAUCAUCUCUGAGCCAUUCGAAACCAUUACAAUUGAGAAGCUUGCUGCACCUCUUUAUGAUUAGUAGUAGUAAGAGUAAAUAUUUAUUUAACUAAUGAGAAUUACUCAUGACUUGUAUGAUGUAACAUUAUGAGCCAAUACAUUUGCACAUUAAUUGCUUAGCAAAAAUAAGAGAAACAUCUCUCAACUCAGCCAGUAAUUGUUUACCAUCAUUAAAAUUACUAUCAACCCUCCAUUAAGAGGAAUUGAAAUUAAGAAAAUUUGAGAUUGCUCUUAAAAAAACUUAAAGAUUGGACCCACACAAACAUCAAAUUUCCACUAAAACUAUACAAAACAUUAUUUUGGUUUCAUAAUCUAACUCAUAUUGACUACAACUCAAUUUGCAAAAAAAA